CCCAUUGAGUAGGUGGACCUUAAAGAGAAUGGGUGUACGUUCCCCUCACCCAUUCUGGGACCACAUACAUACACACACACACACACACACACACACGUGUGUAGAAGAGUCCGGGAAACUAAAGCAAGCACAAGUUCUCUGUCCAGCAACACAGCAGCCUUCAACAUGGUGCCACAGAUACAGUUCUCUCUGGUUGGUGUGUGCUGGAUCCUCCUUCUCCUGCCUGAUGGCCUCGCUACCAGCUACCUGCACAGCCUACCUGUACAUGACGGCUGUUGGUGGCUGGAGGCGGAGAUGGGCGUGUUUGUGUUGGAGGCGGAGCCUGUUCUGCUCCAAUGCUCUGAUCUGGAGCGGCUGAUUGACGACGCCGCCCUUACCCCUGACAAUGGAUACACAUUCCACAUCACCCGCGGCGACCGGUACACUUUCCACAGUGGCCACGGCAACCACAGAGGGGGCCGGCUCAGACCAGAUGGGCGUGGCCUGUGGCUCCUCCCAUCACAGCCAUCAGAUUCUGGAACCUACACCUGUGUAGUGAGGAAUGAGACGUUCUGUCUUAAGUCCAACGUGUCCCUUGCUGUGUACCGGUCUGGAAGAGCAGACAUGGAGAAGAUGUCAUAUCUAGUCGCCCCGGUGAUGCCAGGGACGGAAUGCAACAUCCCCUGCCCCAUAGACCACUUCAACAGAACCGGGAACACACUCUGGUAUAAGGACAGGAGUAGAGCCAUCCUCCCGGUAGGUAGGGGGCGCUAUCGUUCUCUCUGGGAUGAGUAUCUGACCAUUAAGAACUUCUCUUCGUCGGACUCCGGCUUCUACACCUGCAGAGUGACCGUCCGCGUGUUCAGCACCAUCUACACCAUAAGCCGAGUCUCCAGGGUGCACAGCACUGGUAUUACACUACCCACAGUGCACCACACCACAGGAUCAGCUGUUCCCACCUUCCAACCGGCCACCCUCAGUGCCAGCACACACACACCAGAGACUGUAGAUGGUUCUCCCCGUAUUCUCUUUCCUACAAACAAUUCAGUGUUUGAGAGUUACUUUGGGUCCAGUCUGGUGUUGCGCUGCAUAGUAGACACUGAGAGCCAAUCAACUGCAUCCACUCAGGUCACAUGGUUGAUAGACGGCCAAUCACCAUCAGACCUGAACCCCCAGGUGUUCCAGAGAGAGAUAAGAUUAUUGAGUGGACAACUGGAGGCGGAGCUUGUGAUCGUGGAGGUGAGGGGGGAGGAGUUAGGGGCGGAGUUUAGAUGUGUCACUCACAACUCAGCAGGAAGUCAAGAAGUGUACGCACACAUCCAGAUGGCAGACCAGAGCAGUGUGUGGUGGGCAGUGGGACUGUUCUGUGGCAGCUGUUUCGUGUGUGUGAUGUGUGUGUUCCUCUACCACCUACGACCACACACACACACCAACAAACAGAGAGACUACUUCCUCACCCGCCAAGACAGCGUGUUUUAAUAACACACAUCACUAACAUACUGUAUGCACGCAUCGCACACACACAUGUAUACAUACACACACACACACUUUUAAGGUUUUUAUACAGUAAUAAUAUGAGACAGAGUUGCACAGUUCAGUUCAAAUCAAUUUAAUCAAUCAAGGUUAUACACACACACACACACACACACAUUUAAUCAGUCAAGGGUGUAAAAUAUAUGUUGUUCAGAAUUGUCAUUAAAUGAUAUAGUAAUUAAAACAUUGGCCAUCCCUAGGGUCAUUAGAUGAAUGUAGAUAUAUUUAACGCUGAUAUGAAGAAAUGUUUACAUUAUUAUUAUUCUUGUUAUGUUAUUGUUGAGUGUUGCACUUUAAGAUAAGUUUGUUUACGCAACCCUGGCCAUUCUGAUUCUGAGUAUAAUAUCAAAAUAGCAUUCUUUAAGACCACAGUAAUAAUUAUAUUCUUUCAGAUAUUUUUUGUGUAGAAA